CAAACCAUCUAUCAGCUGUAGCUGUUCUUCAUGGAUCCCUUCUGCCUUGAUAUACACAUGGGGUUCCUGAAACCCCAUUGCUCGAUACCACCGCCACCUCAGAGAGGACGAGCAGAAGCAUGCACGUGUUUCAGCGGAAUGUGUGCUCUUCAUCAACGCAGGCUUUCUACAGACUGCUCGGGACAGAUGACGUCCUCUCCUCUCAGCUCUCCCACAUCCCACCGGGGGAUGCACCCAUCACUGCUGAGCCCGACUUCUUUAGGCCACUCAGGGUCUCUGCACUCCCCCAUCAGCACUCUGAGCUCACCCAUGAACGGCCUGGGCUCUCCCUUCUCUGUCAUCAGCUCACCCAUGGGGCCACAUUCCAUGGCGUCACCCGGGAUGGGCUACGGCCCCAGCAUCAGCCCACAGCUGAACUCGCCCAUGAACUCUGUCAGCAGCUCAGAAGAUAUCAAGCCGCCCCUGGGCAUCAACGGUGUGAUGAAGGUGCCAGUCCAGCCCUUGGGCACCCCCCUCUCCCUCUCCAAACACAUCUGUGCCAUCUGCGGCGACCGCUCCUCAGGUAAACACUACGGUGUGUACAGCUGCGAGGGGUGCAAGGGUUUCUUCAAGAGGACUGUGCGUAAGGACCUGACUUACACUUGUCGAGACAGCAAGGACUGUAUUAUCGACAAACGCCAGCGCAACCGCUGCCAGUACUGCCGCUAUCAGAAGUGUUUGGCCAUGGGAAUGAAGAGAGAAGUGUUGUUACAUACAGCCGUCCAGGAGGAGCGCCAGCGAGCCAAGGACCGCAACGAGAACGAGGUGGAGUCAACCAGCAGUGUGAACGAAGACAUGCCUGUGGAGAAGAUCUUGGAGGCGGAGCUUGCUGUGGAGCCCAAGACGGAGACUUACAUUGAAACCAAUGUACCAAUGCCCUCGAAUUCAGUAAGUGACAUCUCUUCCUCUUUUUGCUCUGAAAAGCCUGGGGAAAAACCCACCCCAGGAUGGAAUGAGCUCCUCAUUGCGUCAUUUUCACACCGUUCAAUAUCAGUGAAAGAUGGGAUACUGUUGGCCACAGGAUUGCAUGUGCACCGGAACAGCGCCCACAGCGCCGGAGUAGGAGCCAUAUUUGACAGGGUGCUGACGGAAUUGGUGUCAAAGAUGAGAGACAUGCAGAUGGAUAAAACAGAGCUAGGGUGCCUUCGAGCCAUCGUCCUCUUCAACCCAGACUCCAAAGGCCUGUCAAACCCAGGUGAGGUGGAGGCGCUGAGAGAGAAGGUCUAUGCCUCUCUGGAAGCCUACUGCAAACAGAAGUACCCUGAACAACCUGGAAGGUUUGCUAAGUUGUUGCUGCGGCUCCCUGCCCUGCGUUCCAUUGGACUGAAAUGUUUGGAGCAUCUGUUCUUCUUCAAGCUCAUAGGAGACACACCCAUCGAUACCUUCCUCAUGGAGAUGCUAGAGGCGCCCCACCAAAUGACAUAAUGACAUAACGCCCUCCUGUCGCCAGGGGGACACAAGGGUCUGCCACCCCAAAGGCCCCUUAGAAACUGAACACGUGACACCAUUUGCCAGAGCAAAGGAACUUUCAGAACCGCCGCUCAACCCAGCGUUUCCAAUACACAGUCAUGGCGUCCAUGGGUCUGUUUUAUACUUUGUAUAAAGAUAUAAAUAUAUAUAACACAUAAGAAAAAAUAUGACAAUGGAAUUCAAGCCCACAGACAACAGUGGUCACGGGUGUAUCAAACUAUCCUUCAGUGGGUUCAUAUGAAAAAAAAAACGAUAGAUUUGAUCAAGGUGCAGUAAUUGUAAGAAUUUCUUACGCAAGCUCGUGUACGUUGGGAUUUAAGAUGGGAGGGAUCCAGGGCUGUAAUCAGCCUCAUUCAGGAUUGGGUAGGGCCAUCCUGGGCUGAUGUGUCUGGGCACAUGAAGACAUAUGGGAGAUGAUAAUAAUGGUAAUGCGGGUAAUAAUCCGGGUUUCUAACACAAACUUUAUGUUUUCAGCCCCUGAUGGGAGUUUUUGCGAUAACAAUCCUGCUCAAAUUGCCAUUUGUCCCUCAAGCGGGCUGUUAUUGACAGAAUGUUCUUGUAAUUACUGUCAUUUAAAAAGUGAGUGCUCUGAGCAAAGGAACCAAUGAGGAAUCACAGACCGCGUUCGUUCUCCCACUUCACCCCGAGCAUCAUCAGUGGUGGGUAGGAGACGCAAUAAGGACGUAACUUCAGGAUCAAAUAGGAAGGGACACUGAGGUCUCGCUGUGAGCAGAUCCCAGUGUCUAAUGAGCCACUCUUGAGUUUUGGACUAUGAUCAUUCACACUUUUUCAUUAUGCACUCGAAACAUGAGCUUUUAAAAAUCCGAUCUGCCUGUUCUCAUAGAGCCCAUGAUGCUGAAACGUGAGUGACGUAAACUAAGGGCGCUUAUAGUGGAUAUCCCACCUAUAAGUCGCCCACAUGUCCCACUGUGUCUCAUCUGUAUACCAAUUCACCUCAAGUGGUUUUCCAAACGAGCUUGACAUUUGUACAGUUUAUUACAACCAAUUCAGUAUUGGUGUCCUGUAUUUUGUGGAUGAUUUUUCAAAAUGUGUGCCGUUACCUCUCUUUCAGUCACUUUUACUAUGGUAUAUUGAUUCCUUUGUGUCCCUCAUUCACUCCUGCGUCAGCCUUUCGCACGAGCCGUCUCAUGCAUUCAGGUCUUGCAAAUCUGUGUUAUCAUUAGGAUGUUUCUAAGCACUUAACCUCAUGUUUCAAGUCCCAUUGUUGUGUUUUUGGGGCUGCCUUUUUAUUUUUUUAUUUUUUUUUUUAUGAGGUAUCAUCUGUUUUCUGGGUCUGUAAUUUGCCGUUUUCAGCGUUUUUUUUAUUUCUGUAUGCUGCUGCUGCUGCUAAACUAUGCAUUUAGCAUCCCCCCCCCAAAGACUGUCCAUAGUGAGACUGAGGCCACAUGUGAACAAGGUUAGACCGCCAGGACCAAGAUUCGGGUCUCCAGCAGUUCGUAGAGAGAUAUUAGGGGUUUUGCAUUGGGAGGAGUGGAGCAGUACUGUAGGGAAUAAUACUGAGGCAAUGGGAGAGCUGAGACUUCCACCUAGUGGUGGAUAUGCAGCACUGCAACAUUACUUGAAUUUUGUACAAGUAUUUAAUCUGGCACUUUUACGUGAUAUUAUCAAUGUUUGUUUUUGUUUGAGUGCAGUCUCACAAGGGUCUUUAGCAAUAGCAUGAAUUAGAUCACUCGAGAUGGUUUAUCCAGAGUGACGCCCAACCAAUUUAAGUCAAUACUGUUUAUUAGGAUGCCUCUCUAGGAUUACAUAUCUGAAAAUCAGCUUUUCGUCCUCUUACCCUCAUUUCCUUUGCGUGGCAAAUGGAUUUUAUUGGCUUCCCUACACUUUUUAAUGGAUGAGUAUUUUGGAUCACCGGCAUCUUGAAGCCAUAUUCAGGUUUGAGAUCAAAAACUUUCUCCUGUUGGAAAUGGAGUAAUGGAGAAAUGUUAACCUAGAUAGAAUUAAUACAUACGCAAAUGCUUUAUAACAUAAAGCUAUAUUUUGUCUAUAUGUAAAUGUGUGUAUAUUUCUAAAUAUGAAAGUAUAUGAAUCCAUUCUUUAAAUGUUUCCGAACAAUGUUAGUAAGGGAGCCAAGCGUUUUUCCUUAAAUUGACUAAAGCCAGGCCUAAUUGCACUGUUCUCAGAUACUAGAAAUGUUUUUAAUUGCUGAAGCUUUUGUGAAGCUUGAAUUUCACACACAAAAAAGGAAAUUUUAGACUAAUACCAGCAGUUUAGAGCUCUAAGAAAAGAUCGUACACCAGCUCCUUGACUUAUAAAUCAUUUUAUGUUCACAAAACCUCGAACAAAUGUCUUGUUAGUG